CAGAUUCCCAGCCCCACGCCCGCCUAGCUGCCUGCCCAGCCACGCACCGCACCACCCAGCGCUGCCCUGAGGUCCCAGCACCAUGAGGGCCUGGAUCUUGCUCAUUGUCUGCCUGGCUGGAAGGGCCCUGGCUGCCCCGCAAGAGGCGCUGCCUGAUGAGACAGAAGUGGUGUUGGAAGAUACAGGACCUGCUGAGGUGGCUGAGAUGCCCGUGGGAGCCAACCCCGUGCAGGUGGAGGUGGGCGAGUUUGAAGAGGACGGCGCAGACGAGGCCCCAGAGGAGCUGGUGACCGAGAACCCCUGCCAGAACCACCACUGCAAGCACGGCAAGGUGUGUGAGCUGGAUGAGAGCAACACCCCCAUGUGCGUGUGCCAGGACCCCACCAGCUGCCCUGCGCCCGUCGGCGAGUUUGAGAAGGUCUGCAGCAAUGACAACAAGACCUUCGACUCCUCUUGCCACUUCUUCGCCACCAAGUGCACACUGGAGGGCACCAAGAAGGGCCACAAGCUGCACCUGGACUACAUUGGGCCCUGCAAAUAUAUCCCUCCAUGCCUGGACUCGGAGCUGGGCGAGUUCCCCCUGCGCAUGCGAGACUGGCUGAAGAACGUUCUAGUGACCCUGUACGAGCGCGACGAGGGCAACAACCUCCUGACGGAGAAGCAGAAGCUGCGGGUGAAGAAGAUCCAUGAGGACGAGAAGCGCCUGGGGGCCGGAGAGCACCCCGUGGAGCUGUUGCUGCGGGACUUCGAGAAGAAUUACAACAUGUACGUCUUCCCCGUGCACUGGCAGUUCGGACAGCUGGACCAGCAGCCCGUGGACGGGUACCUGUCCCACACCGAGCUGGCACCCCUGCGUGCCCCCCUCAUCCCCAUGGAGCACUGCACCACGCGCUUCUUUGAGACAUGCGACCUGGAUGGUGAUAAAUACAUCGCCCUGGACGAGUGGGCCAGCUGCUUCGGCAUCCGGGCGGAGGACAUCAACAAGGACCUGGUGAUCUGAGGCGGUGCCGCCCGGACCCCCUCGCCCCGUGCCCAACAGAUGCUUGGAUGGCGUCCAGCUGCCUGAGAAGGUGCUAAUCUAGGUCGAUCUCACAAGACCAUCCUUGGUGCUAACCCUGGAUCCCAAACGCUCCCCACCUGGGUUGCUCACCCCACGCCCCCUCUUUGCUCACGCUCAGCCCCACCCCGCACCAUGGCCUCGGGGACACGGAGCCUACCACCAAUUAAUGCGCACAGG